AAGGAUAACUUCUCACGCGCCUACAUAAGUACACGCACCCAUUUUUUCGACCGAAAUGUGUUUUUACAGAAAAUUUCUGAUAUCUCGAGAAGGGGGCCGAAUUUCAAAAAUAUGAAAAAAAGCACCUUGGUAUUGAACCAAGGACCAUUUAAGUUCACUAAGUACACUUUUUUCGAUAUUGGUGACGGUUGAGGCUGUAGAUGUGCCCUUAACCGCGAGUUUUGCGCGGCGCGAGGUGCGAUAUCACGCGGCAGGCGGCUUGCGUGCGAUCACGAGGACGUAUGAGAGCUCAAAAGACGCGGAAUUCGAUUGUCUUUAAGAUGAUGUAAAAAUAUUUUAGAAAAGAGGGGUUCUGAAAAAAAAAAUGUUUUUGGUUUUGAAAAAAAAUAAUUAUGAUUUUUUUAAUAUACUAUAAUAGGUAGAUUAAUUUUCUGCCCUUUCAAGUCAUGUAGAGCACGAGAUCUGUGAUUUUUUUUGCUCAUUUGUUAAUCUCGUUUGCCGAAAUGGCUAAUAGCCCUGACAAAAAGACUGAAUUGCCUACCGACGUCGACUCGUGGUGAUCCAUCUGCUGAUGCAUCUGUCGAUGUCCGCGGAAGCAUUAGGGACUUCGGUCCUUAGGCCCGUAUUAUAGUAGGUACAAUAAAAGAUAGAAUUGUAUCUGACGUGGAAAAGUUUUGGGAAGAAACUAGAAAAGUUAAGGAGCAUGGUAUACUAACCUAAAAUUCAAGAUGUGAUACCUAAGAAGCCGUGGCACCAAAAAUGUAUGUACCGCUUACGAAUUGGUCAUGGAAGAUUCCGACAGCAUUUAAACAGAAUUAAAUUAGAAUUGUCGAUAAGCGUGGAAACUACAGCAUCUUACCUUAGAAUGUCCUUCAAUAUACAGAUAAUUUUAUUGAUAGAUGGCUUAAAAGAGAUUACAAUAACUGCAGAAUACCCAGCCAAUUGCCAUCUUACAAAAUACUAAUAUAUGUCCUAUAUUAUUUGAAUAUGUAUAAUACUUUCUUUAUAGAAUACUUUCGAAGAUAUUGUUGAAGUGAACUGAAUGGCCGAAAUGGAGAAAUUCAAGGCCGUAAAACAUUAAAAAAAAAGUUGUCAAGUGCCAAAAUUUUGACAAACGUCAUCUCAAGAUUUGAGAAAACUUAAAUUUUUAUUUCGUAUUUAUCUUGAUAUUGUAGAUUAUUAAGAGUGAAAAUGCCAUUGCAGUGAAUAAUAUUUUUCUGCUGAUUCUAAUAACAAUCGAGUGAUGUUUUGACUUAAAAUGUAUUCGCCUCGUCAGAAAAUCCUGUGGUUUGCUUUUAAUACAAGGAUAGCUGUAAUAGUAUUACAAGCAAUUGCGAAUAACCUACUACCUGACCACAAUGCCAAUGUUUUCAUCAGUCCAGAAGAUCCAACGCUACGAAGAACGUAUGGCGAUGUUAUAAUAGAAAAGUUGUUUGGCGGGUUCAAACGGUGGGAUGCUCAAUAUUUCAUACAUAUCGCACAAUACGGAUACACUUACGAAAAUUGCUUAGCAUUUUUUCCUCUAUUUCCAAUGCUAGUUAGAUAUUGUGCUUAUGGACUCUGUAGUUUGGUUGGAUCAUUGAUAAAUUUUCAUAGUUCGUUACUGAUUUCUGCAACAGUUUUGAAUUUGUUAAUAUUUGUGAAGUCAGCUGAUAUUUUACAUAGGCUUAGUUUGAGAAUAUUUAGGAGUGAGUGUAAAGCUUACAAGGCUGCAGUACUUUAUUGUGUGAAUCCCGCAAGCAUAUUCUUUAGUGCUCCUUAUUCUGAGGCAUUAUUUGCUUGGAUGACAUUUUACACUUUGUUAAAAUGUACUGAUAAUGAAACCUUAAGAUUUGCCAACAUUGAUAUAACCAGUGGUUUGCCUGCAGGCUUUACUAUGAUGACUAGGUCUAAUGGAUCUAUUAAUUUGGGAUUCAUACUAUACACUAGUUUUAAAAAUGUAAUUGAAAGGACUAUACCUGAAAUUGUAUACAAAUAUAAAACAUUGAAACACAGAUUAAUGCUACCUUUCUUAUUGUUACCUCUAUUAACUUCUUGUGUGGCAUUAUUUUUAAGCAUAGUAAUAGCUUUACUACCAUUCCUAUUAGUACAAGUAUAUAAUUAUUUUAAAUAUUGUAUACCUAAUGAUCAUAAUUUACCAGAAUUUCUUUAUAAUUCUGAAUAUGUUUUGCCAGGCAGUGCAGAGAGCCCCUGGUGUAACUAUUCUCUUCCUCUCUCAUAUUCAUAUAUUCAGAGUCAUUAUUGGGAUGUUGGGUUUUUGAAAUAUUACCAACUAAAACAAAUUCCUAAUUUUACAUUAGCUGCACCAAUCUUAUUCAUUAUAUUAAAUAACUGUUUUUCAUACAUUAGGAGUAAUUUACAGUUAUGUGCUCGACUUGGUAUAAGGUCUCAUAUAUAUAGUUAUGGUCACAGAAUGUCUUAUAAGCCAAAACAAAUUUGUAAAGGAUUUGGGGCCAAUGAUCCAAUUUUGUUUGUUUAUAUAGUUCAUAUCAUGUUCUUGGCUAUUUUUUGCAUUGUUUUUGUACAUAUUCAAGUAACAACUAGGCUGUUGGCUUCAGCAAGUCCAAUUUUAUAUUGGAUGUGUUCCAGCAAAAUAAAUGUGGGACCAACACCAAUGACAGACCAAAACUCUAUCAAUGAGCAUUUUCGUCGGAUUGGAAUUGGUAAAAAGAUACCUUCUCAUCAUUUAUCUAUUGUGAAUUUGGAAGGUGUUGAUAAUAUGUAUAGUAGAUGGAAAACAUUCAUUAUUUCAAGAAAAAUGCCUGAUUGUCAGUCACAAUUAAUACAGUAUUACUUUUUGGGGUAUUUCUUUACAGGAAUUAUUUUAUUUUCAAAUUUUUAUCCAUGGACAUGAACUAAUUGGUUAUUCUUUUGAAUACUACAUAUCUUGAUUACAUAUCCAUUGUUGCUUAUCAGUGCCGUUUCUUACUGAUUUAAAAAUGGUUGACAGAAAUCAAUUAAUGUUUAUGACUUAAGAUAGAAAUUUUCUUAAUUCUAUCUUACCAAAUAUUCUCUAUAGAUUUUUAAAGAUACAAAAAAUGCAUUCCAAAAUUAUUGCUUAAGUAUUUAAUAAGCAUGGGGCCUUUCAGAGUUAGUCCAUUUUAAAGUUAUGUAGGUAAUAGAUUAUUGCCUUUUUAUAAUAUCUUUGAUGUUAAGAGCUGUUUUUCUAGUCAUUAAUAUUUAAGUUAAUAAUAAUUAUAAAAAAAGGCUGAUGAAUCUAAUCUUUGUUCACCAUGUUGAAGAAUACAGUGGAUCAGUUUAAAAUUUGAUCUAUUUAUUCAAAUCAAAACAAUAUAAUUUAGAUAAUAAAAUUUCUUUCUGACUCCUUGGCUUUUAAGCAAAUGCAUUUAUAACACUUCUUGUGUAUGAGUGCGAUAGUGAUCAUAUGCCUUCAGAUAACCAGUGUCCCCCUAUAAUAUAGAAAACGAAAAUGGUGCGGGUAGCGAACUAUAUAAAUAGGUAUACAACGCACCAUAUUUCCAAAGACAUGUUGGUGCAAUUGCAGCACAUCUGCUCUAAAAGUCCUAUUUUAUGGAAUCCAUAGGAUCUCUAUAAAUCUGCAUUCUCAACUAAAAUCGUUAUUGUCCUUAUUGUGAAGUUUACCUACACACCGCCGCGGAAUUGAAGCGAAAUUGUGCUUAGUAUGUAUAAUGAACUUCAUGUCAAUUUUAUAACAUACAAACUAAAUACGAGCCAAAAGCUAGGGAAUUCUCUAGAAUUCGUGUGGGUAUUUAUUUGUAGAAGUAAGUUCAUAAAAAAUCUCAUCCAUUCCAUUACGCACGCAGCGCGUAUAAAUUGAACAUUAGUUGUUAUUUAUUUUUCUGAGUGAUCUUCCUUUUUUUCGUAAGAGACUUCUUCCAAUUUUUAGAAAACUUAUGGAAAAGAUAGAUGAAAUCGUUUAAAUUGUUCUCAAGGUUUGGUGACAACAAGAAAAAUAGGGAUCCGUUUUUAUACAGACAGAUGUACUUAUUGUUAAAACAGCACAAACUGCUUAGAAAUAAUCAUUAGGUAAACAACAUGCACCUGAUACCUUAACACUGGCAUAUUCUUCUUUAACAUAAGUAGGUACCUAAAUAGUAUCAAUAGUGGUUAUACUAUCCAAUGGAGUAUGAUUACUUAUUAGCAUUAAUGGUGUUACUUGUUUAUCGCUAACUUAUCAUUUACUAAUGUGCUGUUUAUAUGACAUUACUUUUCUGUAAAAAUAUAAAUAAUAUUAUACUUCUAUAUUAUUUAAUUUUGAGUUACCUGAGAAGCUACUAGAUAAUUGAGACAACGAUUUAAAUUCUUAAUAUAGUCUAUUAAGUGGCAAUUAAACAUCACUUAUAUUAAUGACAUAAAAACAGUCGACAUAUGAUUUUAUUUUCAAUACACAACAGUUUGUUUUGAUGCAUUUCAAAACAAUUUGCCUGCCCCACGUUGGGCGCCGCUGCAACGUUUUGUUACCUACCAAGGUUAUAUUAAUAAAAAAUGAUGGGAAACAUUGCAGAGUUACCUGUUGUCGGCCUACCUGCUGCAGACCUACUCGCCGAAGGUAGUACCUAACUUCUGGGAACCCCAGGCGAACCCUUGACGUACCCCCCUGAAAUAUCUUGCAUAUCAUCCUGAAAUAUCUAUUUGCAAACAUACUUAUGCACACUCUUUUCUAUUUUUUAUUUACAUAAUCCUGGUAGGGAACAAAAUGUUACAGUGGCGCCCAACGUAGAGCAGGCAAAUUGUUUUGACACGCUUCAUAACAAAUUGUUGUAUUGUUUUAAACUCUCAUGGUUACUAACAUUAUAGCUAUUAACGGGAUUGUUACCAUGUACCUUGUUUUUUAUGAGUCUCCGAUAUUUCGGCACUGUUGCAAGCGCCAUGAUCACGGAGUAACUGAAGUAAUUGCGGGUAGAUGUUAUUGGCAGACAUAUCGGUCUACCCUCUGACGUCGUCUUUUACUACGCUCGAUACCCCUACCUACCACUGAUCACAUUCUCACUAUUCACUCGCACUUGUUCCCGACACAGAAAAAUUGUUGUGUAUUAAAGAGAACAUUCUGUGUCGUCUAUUUAAGUAAUGUUUAAAUGCCACAAAAUGGCAAAAAUGGAUUAUAUUAAGGGGUAUAAUAGAUAAGUGCUACACGGGAGCUGUUCAAUUGAAACCCGCCUCUCGCAGCGCCGCACGUACAACUUCUUAUCACGCGGAGGGGACGUCCGCUCCGUGCGCUCGCUCAGCAGACGCCCUUAUGGUAUAAAAUGACAAUAAUGAUAAAGUUUGUGUAGAUAUAGUUUUACCUAUUAUUAUUGUUUCUGUGACCCUAAUUUAGAUAGUACAACCACACCACCACACACUAGAUAGAGACCUCACCUCAAAUACUUUCUUUUCUAUGGCAAAAGAUAUAACAGACUCAUGAGUCUUAUGUAAUUAAUUAAUUGACGCCGCUGUGUGCGGUCGUUUGUGUAUGAUGUAUUGUCCAUAUAUUUAUAAUGUAGUUACAUUGAAGUUAAUUUACUAUACUGUCCCCUAAACUUAAACUUGUGUUAUGAUAACUUUUAAUUUAAAGGUAAUUAUAUAGGAACCGUAUCGCAACCACAUUCAGUUUACAUAUUGUAAUUCUUAUUUUUAAAUAUUUAGUGUAAGGGAAUUCUGCAGUAUUAACCUAUUUAUAGUAGUUGAUUUCUGAAAGGUAUUUUAAUAGAUAGUAUGCAAUUAGGGGGCCAGUAUUUUAUAAAAGAAGCACACAUUAAUGCACAAAAAUUACUCAUUUGCUUUUCUUGUACAUAUCACCGUCCAUAUAGAAACAAAAGUAACUAUUUUAUAUAGUACCACUUUAAGCACUUCGAUAAUUUGUAUUGAAAUGAUAAAUUAAAUUGCCUUAUGCAAGAGGUUAACACAAAAAGAAGACGCGCUUUUAAUGGUUUUAAAUGAUAGAAUGCGUGUUAAAUGUGGGGAGGGGAUCGGGAAGGCGCGGAGCGAAUUUUAUAAUAACGCCACCUUUCGUCGAAUAAGGUAUCAAAAAAAGUACAAAAGUAAUAUUGCUGGAGAUGAGUUUUAAUCAGUGUCGACAGCAGGCUGAGUUAGUCCACGCCCACAAUAAUGAGGACACUACUUGUGCUUGAAAAGCGUUAAUUCACUCAAUAAGGUACUCUGUGUUAUUCACAAAGACUGCCACUGUGGAAAUAAGUGACCUGGCAGCAAACGCUUACAAAGAAUUUUGACUGUGCUCUCAUUUUACUUUUAUCGCAAAAUACAGCUAUCUCUGCUCCAGAAAGUUAUCAGCUGGCACGUUUGCUUCAUUUCUUGCAUUCUAUUAAUGUUAUAUCUACUAUAUGACGCCAAUACAUCGCGGUUGUGAAUUAACUAAAAUCAUGGACCAAAGGCCCAUGUUAAUGGUAAAUUCAUACUAGAUCAGAGUCAAAGUUAAUUUCAGAAACAAUAAGAUUUUCUCGAUUAUCACCGCAACGUGGUACACAUAUUCCUUCUGAGCUGAUAUCAUUCGCGGAAUUCGCACGCAGUCGCGCAAAUUCCGGCGAAUGCCGUUGUGUUGUCGUGAAGAAGACGCAGAAAUUCGCGCGCGCGAGGAAGAUGUACAUUACGUUGCGAAGAUAAUUGAAAGUUUGCUUUGUUAAGUUUCUGAAAUUCGCUUCUAUGAUAUGCAAAGACUAUGCGCUAGUAUGUAUUGACCAUACAUAUUUAAAUAUAUAUUAGGAAUAGCCAAAAAUAUAGGGACCGGGCUCCCCAUAAUUUAUAUUCAUAUUAUUUGGUUUUUUCAUAUACAUGGAUAAACAUAAAAAUGAUGAUGUUAAUGAAAACUAAGCAAUUUAAUCUUUAAAGAUUUUUCCUAAAUUUAUAAUAAUUGUACUUUGGAAACUUCAGCUUUAUAAUAGCUUAAUAAAUAAACAAUAAUGACAGUAUAAAAUGUUUUUAUUGGUGUUUCUGUUUAACCUUAAUGUAAUAGUUGGCGAUAUACAUUAUUUCCUAAAUAAGGUACUUGUAAUAUUUAAAUGAAAAAUGCGAAGCACUAAAAUCUACUUUUGAGAGAUCUUUAACAAGAUCAGGGAAAGGAGGAUAAUUAAAAAGCUAGCUUAGCUUUGUCGCACAUAGAUUAAUAAUAUAAUUUUGUUGCCACAAGCAGGGUUGGAAUUAAACCAGGACUGUGGCCCAGGAGCCCCCACAACAGAGAUGAACCAAGGGGUGGGGGGGCUUACGGGUCACACCUCUAAAUCCGGCACUGGUCACAUGCCAUUGUAGUGGUUUGAGACAUAACAUGGUAAAGUCGUAUUUAAGUUAGUAAGCGUAGCUACAACUCAAGUUACAUUCAUCUUACUCAAUCAUCAGUAGAUGAAGAUUAACUAGAUUCUCAAGAUCAAAUUAGACACACAACAAUUUUAUUUAUUACACAAUAGUGAUAAGUUGGCAGAACAAUAUGCGAUCCACGACCCAAAAGUUACGAUAGUUUAGUCUCUCGUCUAAAACUCCAUGUUGAGUUGUAGUAUCAAAACGGACCGCAUAUCAAAGUGAAACGGGACAAAAAUAAUUAUUCGUUGCAAUCUGCCGCAGAGUCCGCUAAAAAUUUGGGUGACACUGGUUCGGGAGUGUUCAUGCCAGUGGUCGAGUCGGGAAGAUCUUGGUCACUUUGGUAAGUCAGCAGCGGGGUAGGACGGGGUACGGUAUACAUUUGGGUGGAGGAGUGAGCGGGAGCGGGAGCGGGCGACGGAGCGGAGGCGGGAGCGGUGGCGGGCGAUGAAGCGGCGGGCGCCAGGGCGGGGCUCUUCCCGCCCGCGUGUCCCUACGCGGCCGCCAGGGCUUCCUGCAAACGUAAACGCGCUCGCUUGACGCGGUCUUCCUGACGUCGAACGUCGUCCUUAGUUAUAGUCACCGCAGCGAUCAAGGGCUGCUCAGGGUUUAAAAAAACACCAGGGUUUUCGAGUAUAGCUUGCUUGCCCCCAGUUUGACCUGUUAUGGGCUGUGAUGAUACAUGAAGUGCAGUAGCCAGUGAUUGUAUGGUGGUGGCAUCAGAUGUAUAGGGGCCUAACGGCUUGAUGUAUUUUGGCAAUGUGGUUGUUCCUAUCAUACCAUUUGCAUCACAAGCUGACAAACCUUCUAAUCUUUUUUCCCAAAACAGUUGCUUUGGCUUUUCUUGAGUGCCAUGCUUUAAAUCCGUCUUCACCUUACUGUCUUGGGUCUUGUAAACAGUUACGGGCUGCUUGAAAAUUGAAGCAGUUUGUCUUAUUGGUGGCACCAAAGAAGCAUCAGACCGCAGACCCCUUGUUUGGAAAUAGACAUUGUAUUUUACACUUGACAGAAAUUUAAUUUUAUACAAUUUACAUAAAAAACCCUAAUUUGGAGGAGCAAUUUUAAGUUUUUAUGUUUAUUUAACAGAAGUUGUUAUUGUUGGAUAAUUGUUAAUUUUACAAUUAGUGCAAAAUAUAUUUAUGAAAAUUAUUUGUUUUGAUGGUUGAUACAUUUAACUCAAAAAUCUGUGUAUAAUAUCAAUAUGGCUAUUAACAGUAUUUACAACCAAAGGAUUUCUAACUGGUGGCAAUUUUUUUUUUAGAAAAUAAGCACUGGGACUGAUUUUACUAUUGCUACAGACUAUGCUUAAUAGUUCCUUUGCUAUCUUAAUAUCCAUUGUGUGUAUGCUGCAACAUUUGUACAUCUAUUUGUUUAAUAUCAAGUUAAUUUCUUUCCACAUUUUCACACAAUAGUUAGAUAAGGAAGGGAGGCAAAUUAGGCAAAAUAUACAUGUCAGGACUCCAUAGCAAUUUCAGAUAAAACUGAAAAGCACAUAUUAAUUCUGAGUUACACAUUUAAUAUAAAAUAAUAAACAGAAGAAAAAAUGCAAUAAAUCACUAACUACAGACUCAAUAAAAUUAAUUAGGUUAGAUGGAUAACAAAAGAUUAUGAUACACUAAACAAUGGUACACACACAAAAAUAUUAACACAUAAUGACUAACAUAAUUAAUUAAUUUUAUUACAGAAGAAGUUAUACUACUACAAUGAAUGAUAUAAAACAAAUGAGUAAGAAAUGUAAUAGUUUUAAACUAUAGAGAAGACUAAGCUUGCAUGUGUUUCAGUGAGUAAGCAA